AUGGCUGACCACUUUCUGGGUUUCGACCUGAGUACGCAGCAACUGAAAGGCAUUAUCGUGAAGUCUGACCUGAAGCUCAUCCACGAAGCGAAGGUUGACUUCGACGCCGACUUCGCAAAGUAUGGCAUCGAGAAGGGUGUACUCACCAACCCGGGCGAGGGCGAGGUUUUCGCGCCGGUCGCACUGUUCCUCGACGCCAUCGACCUCGUGCUGCAGCGAUUAAAGGAGCAGGGCGCGGACUUCUCAAAGGUACAGGGCAUCUCGGGUGCGGGCAUGCAACAUGGCACAGUGUUCUGGAGUAAGGAUGCCGAGAGCAUACUAGGGAGUCUGGACCCAGGGAAGACGCUGCUAGAACAGCUGGAAGGGGGUGCGAAGGGCGAGAGGAGAGGGGCUUUUAGCCAUCCGUUCAGCCCCAAUUGGCAGGAUGCUAGUACACAGAAGCAGUGCGAGGAGUUCGAUAAGAAGCUGGGGACGCCAGAAAAAUUGGCUGAGGCUACAGGUAGCAAGGCUCAUCAUCGCUUCAGCGGACCGCAGAUUCUUCGCUUCCAUCAGAAGUACCCCGAAGCGUACAAGGCGACGGCUCGCAUAUCGCUCGUAUCGUCCUUCCUCGCGUCCGUCUUCCUAGGCAAGGUGGCUCCCAUCGACAUAAGCGACGUCUGCGGUGCAAAUCUAUGGGACAUCAAGAACGGGCGCUGGAACGAAGAAUGUCUCGCACUCGCCGCCGGCCAAGAAGGCGUCGACAAUCUGAGGUCGAAGCUGGGCGAUGUGCCAGAAGAUGGCGGUGGCAGCUUUGGAUCUAUCUCGCCCUACUUCGUCAAACGCCAUGGCUUCCCAGAGACCGCCCAGAUCAUCCCUUUCACAGGCGACAACCCAUCGACCAUCCUCGCAUUACCACUCCGCUCCUCGGACGCCAUUGUUUCCCUCGGCACCUCAACCACCUUUCUCAUGUCCACACCGCAGUACAAACCUGAUCCUGCGUACCACUUCCUGAACCACCCCACAACAGCCGGUCUGUACAUGUUCAUGUUGUGCUACAAGAACGGUGGUCUGGCACGUGAACACAUCCGCGACGCUAUCAACCAACACUCAAACGGGACCGCCAAGUCCUGGGAUCUCUUCAACGAGACUGCACUCAACACCCCGGUCCUCGGACAACAGGAUCCGAAAGCCGAUCCCAUGCGCCUUGGACUAUACUUCCCACGUCCAGAGAUUGUGCCCAAUGUCAAGGAGGGAACAUGGCGCUUCCUGUACAAGGACGACACCGUCUCCCCUGUGCCACCUCAAGGAGCUCAAGGCAAGACUGAAGACGAGACGUGGCCGAUCCCCACAGCGGAUGCAAGAGCAAUCCUAGAAUCACAGUUCCUCAGCUUGCGCCUCCGCUCUGAGUCCCUCGUCAGUCCACAAGGCGAUCUUCCUCCUCAGCCACGCAGAAUCUACAUGGUCGGUGGCGGAGCAGCCAAUUCCGCCAUUGCGGAUCUUGCAGGACAGGUGCUUGGCGGUUCAGAGGGCGUAUUCAAGCUCGAUAUUGGUGGGAAUGCUUGUGCGCUGGGCGCGGCGUACAAGGCAGCGUGGGGUGUGCAAAGACAGAAGGACGAGAAAUUCGAGGAUUUCUUGGAGAAGAGUUGGAACGAGAAGGAUUUUGUGAAGAAGGUGUGUGAAGGGUACAGGAAGGGUGUGUGGGAAAGGUACGGCGAGGCCCUGAAGGGUUUCGAUCAGGUGGAAAAGAAGGCUAUUGAGGAGAAGGGGCAGGAUAAACUUACUAACCAGAAUGCUGGUCAAAAGGUCACCUGA